AUGCUGUAUAUUCUUGCAGUCUUUUCACCUCACAGGGACCCCGAAGCAGUCGAUUUUGUGAUAGUAGGUGCCGGUCUUAGCGGAUCAGUAAUAGCAAAUAGACUUUCAGAGGUAACUGGAUGGAAAAUUCUUCUACUCGAAGCUGGAGGUGAACCCAAUAUUUUGACAGAGAUUCCAAUAGCAGGCCCCAUUCUUUUCCCGACAGACUAUAAUUGUGGAACUUACGCUGAACGACAAGAAAGUUUUUGCUCAGGCUCUGUUAUCAAUUUUAUGGUAUAUACCAGAGGAAAUAAAAUGGAUUAG